CAAAAGGUCCUUUGCAACCUGUGAGCGCUGGAGGUCGCCGAGCAAUGAGCAUUACCCAUUCACAGAGUUCAUCGGGCGCCGCCACUACCCGGCGGAUGAGAGGAGAGCUGCUGCUGUUUUGCGCCAGGCGCCUGCGCUUUCGGGAAAGAAGCGGACCCAGAAGGCGCAGCUCGGCUGGUCGCAGGAACCCGCCUCCGAGCCUCGUUGUCCGCCUUUGAAGGGGGAGCCAGGCUGCCCAAAUCUCUCCCCAUCCCGCCUUGCAGAAGAGAAGCUCUGCCGGCGAGGAAGGAAGGUUUAAAGGGCACGGAUCCGAGGUGCAGCCGCCACAAGCGAGGCGGAAUCCGCCCUUUUGCGCUCCGCUUUCAGGAUCUCCGGGCAUUCUCUCGGCUUUGCCGGCGCCGGGAUCUGCACGGGCCCCGGCCCGAGGUCCAGAGAAGUCACAAUGCCUGUCAACGUCAGAGACGUGAUGCAGCUGCUCUGCCAUGUUUCUGAAGAGCGAAAAAUGAAAGCAGCCUUCAAGCACUCCGGACGAGGUGCCUUGGUGGUGGGAACGACAGCUUUCUUCGGAGGUUUAUUGGCAGGCCCACCUGGCAUUGCUGUCGGAGGUGCCAUUGGUGGCUUGCUUGGGGCCUGGAUGACCACAGGACAGUUCAAGCCCAUUCCUCAGAUUAUCCUGGAACUGCCUCCUGUGGAGCAGCAACGGCUUUAUGAAAAUGUCUAUGCCAUUAUUCAGAAUCUGGACUGGACCGACGUAGCCCAACUCACAGCCUUGGUCAUGGCCAACGGUGCCCUUCAAGAGAAAUUGCUUGGCGUCCUGACCAGCUAUAUCACAAAUGAACUCCGAGGGGAGAUCCAGUAUGGAAACUAGAUUUGGAUGUGUGUUUCGGGGGGUCGUGAGUGCCCUUAACUCUCCUUCUGACCCUUUUCUCUGGCGUUUUAGAUUUCUUAAGAUCAUGGUUUUUAUAGGAAUAAUAAGAUGCCAACCAUGCAUUUUUUCUUUAACCCCAAAUAAUCUGUUUUGGGAUAAUGAACAAGGCAAGCUUUGGUUUGCCCAUACUGAUUUUUGUUUUCUUUUUUUUCAUAAUUAAUUCCUAUUUCAAUAGCCCAGGGUAGAUGGGUUUGAGCCUCGAUAUUUACUGUAUUUAUUUAAAAAUCUUUUAAUGCCACCGAAAAACUGGAUUUGGAGUGCCUUGCUGAGUCAGUACCUCUCAUUCAUCGGACCUCCUUAAGCAGCGGCCUCUGUAACUGUGACGCCAUCAAAGAAAAUGCCACUGUUGCAUACUUGCAUUGUGGUCAAGGAUGUAACUCAUGGCGUUGGUACUAUGAUGACAUCACUAUUUGCUGUUCUUUGAUGUGCAUCAUCCUAGAUGAAUAAUGAUACACUGCACAGGUAUCAUCAGCCUUUCCUGCCCAAUAACAAGGAUGGGAUCUAUGAUCAAUUGUCCUACCCAGAUAUGUUGUUUGGGUGAGAAAGACAGGCUGGUGGAUAACAUAUCUUCAGGAUGCCAAGUUGGAGAAACCUAAUGUAGAUAACUGUACUGUGGUUGAACUAUGUAGUGUCUUCUUGGCCACAUUAGAAUGAUCAACGUCAAAUUAUUUGGAAGUUCACUUAUCCAUAGGGAUGCGUUUCUUCUCCUUCUGCCUUAAGGAGUGAAAAGUUGAAAUAGUACAGAGCCAAAAAUGUAGCAGAUGAUUCACCUUAGGUAUUUCUCCUGAAGAUAAAAUGCAAAUAAAGCUGAAUUUUAAUGUG